AUGAUCGCGAUCGAUACCACUCUAAUAUACAGCCAAUGGCCCCUUGGCCUUGGUGUAAUAGGUUUGUUACUCACAGUAACUAUACUUAUGUAUACCCAAAAUUGUCACAAGUCUCUAUUCAACAAACUUCAUAUUAAACAUCGACGUGCGUCUACGUCGGCGACACCUCCUCGUUCGUUGUCUCCAAGCAAAAAGGUUACCGACAGAUCGUUGAACUCCACCAGCAAAGCUCCAAAUUACUACGAUGCAUUGCCCCCUUCCAGACGUUCCACGCUCCCAGAUGUUGCGAAUUAUAUUCCUCCACGAUUCGGCACCAUCUUGACCUCGAAUAACCCAUCAGUUGAACACAUGGCAGAGAACAAACUACCUAUGACUCAAUCUUAUACGCUCGGCUUCGAAACUCCAAAAUACACACCCAUGGGAUUCUCUACCCAAGAGAUUAAUGCUAUGGGCGAUUUCCCACCUUAUGAUAUCAUAACCGGAGUCCCGUUGCCGCAACCCUACGAAGGGUUCAACCCUGAGAAAGCGCUCCCUAGACCAUACAGACCUAUACGAUGGCAAUAUCAUCAGACUAUGUCUUUUCAAAAAAUGGAACCUGACUGGUGGCUCGAGAUCGAAAAUACAUAUUGCUCCCGUAUCGCCGAACGUCAAGGACUAUUCAAACAAUACGGCAAAAUGGUUCUUGAUUACCUCCCAGGAAGCGAACUUGUCACUAAGGAACUUGUGGAAAUGUGUCUGCAAUUCUAUUGCGCACGCUACCCGGCAUAUUUCUCCCUUUCGGACGAUAAAAGAACAUUCCACAACGCUCUCCUCAAAACUACAACUGAGAUUAAAUCCAUGCAUCCUCUCCACGUCCUACUUAACAAUGUCCCUGAAGAUUUCGCAAUUGUGAUGAGAAACGAUGAAGAUGGAAUGUACUAUUUCCGGGCCGGCGUCAUCUGCAGUUCGCUGGGCUGGAAUGUUUCCACUAAGAUUGGAUUGAAGCUCGAUGCCAUUCAUAAGCCCAUCCCAGAUUACAAAGAGAAAAUGUCAUUUAGCAUGGAUCGCUUCUUUACAAAAAUGGCCUCCGAUGCUCCGAUUCAACGUGGUAGCUGGGGUCUGGAAAUUGAUUCUCCUUUGUUUAUGCCACCCGGUCACCCGCAUGAGAAAUUGAGAGAGAUCCAGAAGGAAGAUUUGACUAUCGAGGAAUGUCAUUUGAGAGUGGAUUGGCAGACUUUAAGACGAUUGCCACUGAGCGGAGGCGUGGUGUUUAAUUUCAAGGCGCUCUUCACGCCAGUGACGGAAUUCAGGGAUGAACCAUAUGUUCCAGCAUUGCUGUGCAAGAUUCUGAAAGAGGGAAAGAAGAGUUUGAUGGAGUAUAAGGGGACUUGGCAUUUAGAGCAUGUGGUCAUACCGGCGAUUGAGAUGUGGGCAAAGGAACAGGUGGAGAAGGGAUUGGUGGUGCCGCAGGAGGGAGAGGAAGUCUGGAAAGAGGAGACGUUGGCUGAGAGUCCGUAUUUUCCGGGAUGGGAGGAAAAGUGGCAUAGACAGCAAGGGUUUUAG